AUGGCGCAACAAGUGACCGUCGGUGGACGCAGCUACUCGCUGUCCGAGACGCUACGCAGCGCCGAGCUGGCUCCGAUCUUCGAGGAUGCCUGGACAGCGUCACGUGUGUGGGAGGCCAGCCGCUUCCUGGCUGAGCGUCUCGUACGCUUCGCCUCCGAAUCGCCAGCAACUUUCAACGUUAAGGACGGACAGUCAGUACUAGAAUUGGGCAGUGGCUGUGGUCUUGCGGGGCUUAUGGCCGCCUCACUGGGUGCUGACGUACUGCUCACAGACCAACACGAGGCGCUUGAGUUGCUGCAGCGCAACGUCGAGACUAACGCGGCGUCCGACAGCGAACGAGCGCGUCUACAGGUGGCCGAGUUUGUAUGGGGAUCCGACUGGACGCCACCCCGCAGUAGCUACCACUACAUCCUUGUGUCGGACUGCAUCAACCCCAUCUACGGUCAAGAGAGCUGGAGGAAUCUGGCGCGUAGUAUCUAUAGAUUUAGCAACCAGGAGACAGUCACCUACUUAGCCCACGAGGCCAGAGGGGAGGACGAAGCGAUGACGGACUUUUUGGCUUUUAGUGCUACGAUGUUGCACUACGAACGCAUCGAUCAACAAGGCAGGAUUAGCCUCUUUAAGAUCACAAAGCUGUAUAAAUAG